AUGUCAGAUGAAGUUGAUGAUUUAUCAUUUCCAAAUGCAGUUAUUACUCGAUUGAUGAACGAAGCUUUAGAUGGUUCAACAACUAUUUCAAAAGAAGCUCGAACAGCUAUGUCACGUGCUGCCUUAACAUUUAUAUUAUAUAUUAGUACAACUGCUAAUCAAUAUGCUUCAAAUGCUAAACGUAAAACAGUAACAGUUCAAGAUAUAUUUAAAGCAUUACAAACUAAUCAAUUUGAUAUGCUUAUUGAACCAUUACAACAAGCAUUAAAAGAUUAUCAAGAACAAAUUCGAAAAAAGAAAGAAGAAACAUUAAAACAAAAACAAAAUCAAUCAGAAUUAUCUAUUGAAAAUAAUGAGGAAGAUGAUAAUAAUAAUAAUGAACUUGAAACUGAAUAA